UUUUUUUCCAGCGCCCCCAUCGAGUUCGUGUUUACUCCGCGCUGCUCUUUUCGGUUAGCUAGUUUAACUAACUGUGUUUUUUUUUGCCGCGGGUGCAACAACAACAAGUGGAAACAGCUGUUCGAGCUCGCUAAACGGCAGUAAAAUGAGCAUGGCAAGAGGUGAAUAACAAAACAAAGGCCAGCGUUAACAAAAGUGAAAGACAAAAGCAAAUAGCAUAAAGCAACAACUGCGGACGGGCGAGCAAAGGGAGCGAAAAGAAGAAGAGGAAGAGUUUGCGCAGUCACGUGUGCAGUCGACGUCUGCUGCGGCAGCGGCAGCGGCCGAGGAAAAUUCCCAUGCGGAAAAUUCACAUUCGCAUUUGCGAACGAAAAAAGCACCAAAGGCGAGACGGCGAUGAUGGAGCUGACGAAGAGGGAGCGAAAGCCACCAACAACCACUAGCAGCUGUUAGAGAGGGACAGCCACACCGCGUCAAUGUCUGACGAAGUGCCUUUGGGUCGCCUAUCGCAAAUCUUCGAUACGCUAACCAACCUUCAGCAGCAGCAGCACUUGCGUGCCCAGGAGCAGCUGCAUCCGCAGCAGCAUCCGCACUCGCAGCUACAGCCGGAGCCGCAACAGUCGUCUGCGGAGAUCCGAAGGAGAUCAGCCUCGUCAUCGCCAUCGCCUUCGGCCAGUGCCUCUGCCUCGACAUCAGGGCGGGCCACGCCUUCUCUGGGUGUGGCCAGCCCUCUUAACUCAUUGCAAUACUACAGCCACGCCCAUAACUAUUUGCUACGGCCGCAGGAAGUUGCCGGCAGCGGCUACCUGCACACCUUUCCCUCGCCCUUUUACCACCACCAAGUCCACCACCUGCAACAGCACAGCCAGCCGCCCUCGCUGCCGACCCAAUUGGGCGCGGCACGUGGAUCACAAUCGCAGCAGGGAUCUCCGCUUUUGGCCAAGAGAGCCACCUCCUUCAGUGGCCAAAUACCACUGGCUCAGGGACGUUUCACUGCCGGCGGAACUGCAGCAGCAAGUGGAGCCACUGGACUCCCUGCAUCCACACCGAAUAGUCCCAGGCUCUUGCCCCGUCGAGCACCACGCCCACCGCCUAUUCCGGCCAAGCCGAAUCAGGUGAAGGCGGACCAGCAGUCGAAGGAUGCGCAGGCUCGGAACUCGACUACCACGACGGUUCAGUCCACCGUGAAUCCCGUGCUGGCAGCUCUCGAUGCGCCGGAUGCUCCAUGGCCGCACUUUUCUACGCUCACCGAACAUCUGGACGUUCACCAGGUGAACAACUAUGGCCAGGCGUUGCCGCAGAUCAAUUGGCAGGAGCGGUGUCUGGAGCUGCAACUGGAGCUGCACAGGUCCAAGAAUCAGGCGGGUCGUAUACGCGACAUGCUGCGAGAAAAGCUAACGGAGCUCGAACAGCGCGUCAUUGAAGCGGAAGAACGCGCCGAGGAAGCCGAAGAUAAGGUGCGUGCCAUGGAGCAGCGGCUGAGUGAGUGGCCGAAGCCACCGCCCCAGCAAGCUCAUCAUCCGCACUCGCAUCCGCACCAGCCAAUCCCCAGUCAUCCGCAGGAGCAGCAGGCCAAGAACCAUUGUUCUCCCAGCCAUCAGGCAGGUGGAGGUUCGGCAGCAGGAGCAGCAGGAUCGGGCUUACCGCCCACCCAGGAAACUGAGAAAACCAUCACGUCUCUGGAGAUCCAAGUGGAGGAACAGCGACAACUGCGACUGCACGACGCGCGACAAAUCGAAGCCAAGGCUGCCAAGAUCAAGGAGUGGGUAAACAACAAGCUCCGCGAUCUCGAGGAGCAGAACCAGCUGCUGCGGGAGCAAAACGUAAAGUGCAAUCAACAGUUGGAGUUGCUCAAGAAUCACAUAGCCAAUCAAUCCCAGCGGCAUAGCAUUGUAGGACCAGUGCGGAACAGCCUAAGCCUAGACGUCCAGGAUUUCACCGGGUCCGGGUCGAAUCCUGAACAUCGGAGGAGAAGCGAAAGUCUAGAUCCCCAGGAGAUCAUUGGCCGGCCGUUGACCAGCUCAUAUCCGCAUCACCAGCACAGGAGAAACCUAUCGAUGGAGCCCCAGGAACUGGAACGAAAUCUGGUGGCUGCGGUAGAUGGGUUAACCCUGGCUCCCCUGUCCAGCAUCUCCAGCAAAGCACCCGGAGGAGCCCCCACUGAAUCUAGGAUAGUUACCAGGCCAGACAGCUCAGAUACAGAUACUGCCCAUGAUUAUGCUGAAAUUUACACACCAUCCUGCGAAAAGCUUCCCGCCUGGAUGAAGAACAACCCGGCUCUCAUGGCCAGUGGUGGAAAUUCCAGUACUACCACAACCACCACCAGUGAGCUGGGUGUCCCACGGCCUCCGACACCACCUCUGCAUCGGUUCCCCAGCUGGGAGGCAAAGAUCUACCAGGUGGCGAACGAUGGACUGGCAGGAGCUGGAACAGGAACAAGUACCGCGGAAAGCACAGCCAGCCAGGAGCCAGAUAUCCAAGACGGGAUGGGAACCAAUCUCUCUAAUGGUCGGCGACAUGGCCACGGUCAUGGAUCAGGAACUGGAACCGGAACCGGGGAUGGACACGGUACCCUGGGUAGCACGCCGGGAACUCCGCUGCCACCGUCAAGGCAACAACAAACCGCCAGCGGCGGCUUCUGUGAUAUAUCCGUGCCCGUCUACGCAACGGUUAAGGGUAGAGCCUCGCAAAUCCGCUCGAUGCCAUUUACGGGCGAUUCGAGCGACGACUCCAGUGACGGGGAGGACCAUGCGGUUAUGCUCACCCACCACUCGCACAACUCCUCAAGCACGGACAAUACGGAGACCUCAACCUCCGGUAGCGCAUCGAGCCCCUCAAAGAGCCUGAAAACUUCGUCAAGUUUGAGUCCGGCUAAGCGAAGUGGUUCGGAGAGUCCGAAAAACGCGAAGGCGCGUGGCCUCUCGGAUGACUAUGCUUUGCCCCCCGACGCCGUAUCAGAGUCCACAUGCAUGGAUGCCUCGAUGCCAUCGCUGCUUAUGCGACAAUCCUACGUGGAUUCGCCCAGCAAGAAGAUCGAGUCGCUGGAGAAGAUGGGUCACUUGGCGAAGCUAGGUGGCAAGUUGAAGACUUGGCGCAAGCGCUGGUUCGUUUUGAAAAACGGCUCCCUCAACUACUGGAAGAGUCAGCACGACGUGCAGCGAAAGCCACAGGGUCAAAUCCAACUAGAUGAGGUAUGUCGAAUCAAUCGUGCGGAGGGAGCUUCCACCUUCGAGAUAGACACGGGCAAAAAGGUCUACUACCUCACCGCGGACUCGCACGCCACUAUGGACGAUUGGAUCCGGGUGCUCCAGAACGUGCAGCGGAGGAAUGCCACUAAGCUGCUGCUCAGUCGCGACGACCAAAAGCCCACAGUGCAGGGCUGGGUGACCAAGGUGAAAAACGGUCAUCCCAAGAAGUGUUGGUGUGUGCUGCUGGGCAAGAUGUUUCUCUACUUCAAGGCUCCGGCAGAGACGAAUCCCCUUGGCCAGAUUAAUAUGCGAGAUGCCCGAGUUGAGGAGGUUGAACACGUUUCAGACUCUGAUUCCGAGGAGCGAGAGGACGCCGCCCAGGAUCAGGCUAGACUCACAGUUGCCAUCUAUCCAGCGCACCAGGGACCAACUUACCUGAUACUUUCCGGCAAACCGGAGCGAGAUAACUGGCUCUAUCACCUAACUGUCGUUUCUGGUGGCGGCCCAAGUGCUGGCACACAGUACGAACAGCUUGUCCAGAAGCUCAUGGAGACCGACGGUGAUCCUAACUGUGUUCUGUGGCGCCAUCCCAUACUGCUGCACACCAAAGAUACCAUCACAGCCCCGCUUUCCUCUAUGCACACGGAAACCAUGCAGCCUGAGGCCAUCAAGCUCUUCAAGAGCAUUCAGCUGUUUAUGUCGGUGGCGGUCAACCAGCCGGGCAUCGACUACCAUGUGGUGCUCGCCCAGAAUGCCCUGCAACAUGCGUUGGAUAUGCCCGAGCUACAGACGGAAAUGAUCUGCAUCCUGAUCAAGCAGACCUCCCGCCACUUGGGCCAGAAGCUCAGUGUCGGCGUCCAGGCCCCUUCCGCCACGCCCAUAAUCGACUGCAAGAGCAACCCGCCCGUAUACAGCUUUGUCCAGGGCUGGCAGCUCCUAGCCCUGGCCGUUUCCCUAUUCGUUCCGCGUUCGAGCCGCCUUUUGUGGUACCUCAAGCUUCAUCUGUCCCGGAAUGCCGAUACCAAAACUGAGACGGGCAAGUAUGCCGCCUACUGCGAGCGUGCUUUAGAAAGGACCUUAAAGAAUGUAGGCCGCGAGACGAAGCCUUCGCGGAUGGAAGUGCUGUCGAUUCUGCUAAAAAAUCCGUAUCACCACUCCUUGCCGCACGCUAUUCCAGUGCAUAUGAUGAACAGCACGUACCAGGUUGUCUCCUUCGAUGGAUCCACCACCAUCGAGGAGUUCCAGGCCACUUUGGCUCACGAACUUGGCACAAGGGAUGCGACCAACGGGUUUUGCCUGUUCAGCGACGAUCCUAUCGAGAAGGAUUUGGAGCACUACCUGGAACCGCUGGCCAAGCUGUGCGACGUGAUCAGCAAGUGGGAGACGGCGCUGCGGGAAAAGGGAUCAGGCAAGUUCGAGAACUCUCGUGUGAUUCAACUUAGCUACAAGAACCGUCUGUACUGGAAGCAUACCAUCAAGUGCGAGACAGAUAAAGAGCGCUUGCUCCUCUGCUAUCAGACCAAUUCCCAGAUUGUCCAGGGCAGAUUCCCUCUAUCCAGAGAGCUGGCUUUGGAGCUGGCCUCGCUUAUGUCUCAGAUCGACAUGGGCGAUUAUUCGCUCGAGAAGUCAAGGGAUGUGGGUGUGGGCCUUAAGGGUCUGGACAAGUUCUACCCGUACCGCUAUAGAGACGCUCUAGGUGCCGAGCAGCUGAAAGAUGUGCAAGAGCUUCUGGUCUCAAAGUGGAUGCUCCUUAAGGGCCGCUCGACCUUGGAUUGUGUGCGCAUUUAUCUCACCUGCUGCCGGAAGUGGCCAUAUUUCGGAGCUUGCUUGUUCCAGGCGAAGCCCAGACAGAGUCCAGAAUCCAACACCGCCUCGGGAGCUACCCCGGUAGCUUGGUUGGCUGUCGCAGAAGAUGCUCUCAAUGUCCUCGAGCUGUCCACAAUGGCUCCGGUGGCCAGGUAUCCGUAUAGCUCCGUUAUGACCUUUGGCGGCUGCCAGGACGACUUCAUGCUAGUGGUUUCCCACGAUGACGGCGGAGGCUGUGAGCAAAAGCUUCUCUUCGCAAUGAGCAAGCCGAAAAUAUUGGAAAUCACACUGCUGAUAGCAGACUACAUGAAUGCGCUGGGACACACGGUGCCCGGGACUCCGCAGAUGAACUCCCUGACCAGGAAUGGGUCGCAUCGCUCGCUGAGAACCUCCCAACGGCCGACCUUGGGUGGUGGCUCAGCGGUGGCCACUGGGUUCUCUACAAAUGCCACCACAACGGCCCACAAUACGCUCAAUUCGCAUGCGACACACACGCUUAACUCCAACCAUUCGCACACGCUGAGCAGCUCCCAUCACGCCGGCGGGGGAAGUCAACCGGGCACUCUGAGCUCGGGUCAUCAUCAGCACCACCAUAUCCAGCAGCAUCACCAGCCUGAUAUCCUGAAGAGCACGCCGGAUCACCAGAGGAUUAAAUAGAGAAAAGUAGGAUUGGAGGAUCUCAAGUAGAACGAUGGUUCCCUGCACCUUGUGGAUUACGGAAAAGAUAAUCAAAAAAAAGGGAAAUUAGAGAGGAUCGAAGAAAGAUUAAAGAGGAGCUAAAGGAUCACACAUUGUACAUAAACGGGGAAAAUCCCAGCUAAACAGACAUAUACAACUAACAGAUACAUAUGCACCGGCCUAGUGGCUACAAAUAUGAAACUAAAGAUAGAAAGAUAUAAAGAUAGGCGGAUGGAUAGCGAUAGCGGUAGAAAUACGACUUAGCCUAAUCGGCCUGGGAUGGACCUUCUUCUCCUUGCGCACCACUCACUAAAGUUAUUUUCUAAGCUAACGACGGUACCCGUACUCUAAACUUUGUAAACUGCAGCAGCAGGCAUAUAUAUAUAAAUCUAUACUAUAUAUUAUUUUUUUGAGUAGUCCUAAGCCCAGCGUACCCGAAAGUGCAUGAGGGUAUGCGAAGAAACGAAAAAAGAAAAAGAAUCUCAAUAUUUAGAUUGUUCCUGUCUUAUUUAUUUACUUUUGUUUUUCUUAGUUUAAACCAACAUAUAAGCAAAGGCAAUGCAAAACACACCUAUAGAAAUGAUAUGUUUGAGUGUUAUUGCUCUUCGAUGCUUUUUAAUGAAUCUCAAUUUGUAAUUGUCCCUCCAUGCGCAAAACUGCCUUCUGAAUUUGUAGAUGUCGGAGCCAAGAACGAAAAAAAUAAGAACUAUUUCAGAACCAAGAACAAGCGAACUAUAGUAGCAUUAGCAGAACCCAAUCGAGAAAAGCAAAUAUUUUUUAAAGAAUUUUGAGCCUAGUGCAGGCUAUCAACCAAGCAUCCCCAUCUAUAUCUAAAUAGUUAUAGUUACGCCCCGACCCGUAUGGUUCGUAUGGUUUCCGCUUAAACUGGAACUUCGAUUUUAUAGACCACGUAAUUCAUUUUCGAUCCCACUCACCACCAGAGCUUCAGCAGAACCACAGCCUAGUACACGGAAGCCAGAGGAGGCAACAAAAUUCGGUAGAUCAUUGAUCUUCUACCCAGUUAAUUAAUUAUUGCAGACCACUUCACACAUCCCCACAAAGCAUAUGCAUAUGUAGUUAUAUAGAAAGCGUAUAUAUGUAUUCGGAUUCGAUAUUUCACAAAAUUAUACACACCAAA